AGAAAAGCUAGAAGCGCCUCCAAACUGCCGACGUCCGGACACGGCUGCGCCUACACGGAGCGUGCGCGGGACGGCGCUGCACGUUUGACAGCAGCAGCUGAACGGGUGGGAGAGAAGGACCACAGGCUGCGGGGAAGUCGUGCAUCGCCGAGAGACGAGUCCUAGCCGGGAGGAAGAGAGAGAGGGAGAGAGAGAGAGCGAGAGAGAGAGAAAUACGAUUGAAUCCGAACCUAUGCGAGACUAACGCCACACUGCGAGAUACGAGCAGAAAGCUUUGAAAUCAACCAGGUCCAUCAGUUGAGGGACAGUACUGGAGGACGGUCUCUAUAACAGGAUCUCUUCAGGUAGCCCAGUGUGGCGUGGAUGCUGCAUGUGUGAGCCCUGGUUGUGACUGACUUCGCUCUGACCAGAGGGGGAAGGUUUUUCACGUCGCGCAUCCCAGCAUGGACAGGAAAAGGAAAUGGUGCGUCGGUGGUGGAGCUGUGCUCUGGGUCCUCUUGGCUCACGUCGCCGUGGCCUUGGAAGUGCCUCUUGACCCUAAAGUUCUGGAAGGAUUGCCACAACCACCAACAAUCACUUACCAGUCCCCAAAAGAUUACAUCAUUGACCCACGGGAAAACAUCAACAUCAACUGUGAGGCGAAAGGACAGCCUCAUCCUAGCUUCUCGUGGACACUGAACGGGACGCACUUCGACGUGGACAAAGACCCCAAGGUGACGAUGCAGCCGAGCUCCGGCUCGCUGGUCAUCGACAUCAGCGACGGAGACAAGGGGGAGGCGUACGAGGGCGUGUUCCAAUGCACGGCACGCAACGAACACGGCACCGCCGUGUCCAGCAACGUAGUGGUCCGCCAGUCAAGGUCCCCCUUGUGGUCGAAGGAGAGUAAUGAGCCGAGGAUAGUGCAGUUGGGGGACUCGCUGAUCCUACACUGCAGACCCCCAGUAGGGCUGCCCCCUCCCAUCAUCUUUUGGAUGGACCCUUGGUUCAAGCGACUUCCUCAGAACAGCCGUGUGUCUCAGGCGUUAAACGGGGACAUGUACUUCUCCAAUGUGCUAAUGGAGGAUUCACACAGCGACUACAUCUGCUACGCCCGAUUCACCCACACCCAGACCAUACAGCAGAAGCAGCCCAUCACUGUCAGAGUGCUGGACAUGGAGGCAAUGAAUGAGACAGUCUUGGCGUCUUUUAUCAAUGAGACAGAUUUGUUUGGUGACAGCCCCACCGGGGACCGUAAGCCCUCCUUCAUGGUGCCCCCGGGCACCAGCAGUACCUUCAUGGUCCUGAAGGGGGAGACCCUCCAGCUGGAGUGCAUCGCAGAGGGCCUUCCCACACCGGAGAUCUCGUGGAGUAAAGACAAUGGCAACUUCCCUGAGGGACGCUUCUUGUUCAAGAACUACCAGAAGACUCUGGAGGUCAUCAAAGUGACGGAAGCGGACGCUGGCAACUACAGAUGCACGGCCAAAAACAGCAAGGGACUCACCCACCACGUCAUCACCGUGGAAGUGAAAGCUGCCCCCUACUGGACUGGCGCCCCUCGGAACCUCAUCCUGGCGCCCAAAGAGAGUGGCGUCAUGACGUGUCUCGUCGGGGGUAACCCUAAGCCCACAGUCACAUGGUCUGUGAACGGGGUUCCCAUUGAAAAUGCGCCCAACGACACCUGUCGGGAGGUAAAGGGGGACACCAUAUUCCUCACCGACGUGCGCACAGGGUCCAGUGCCGUUUACCAGUGCAAUGCCUCAAAUGAGUUUGGCUACCUGAUGGCCAAUGCCUUCGUCAAUGUCCUCUCUGAGCCUCCGAGGGUUCUCACUCCACCCAAUAACGUGUACCAGGUGAUCACCAACAGCCCUGCCUUACUCCACUGUGCCUCCUUCGGUUCUCCGAUACCCACCAUCACCUGGUUCAAGGAAGGCCAGCCCAGUGUACUAAACGGAGAUCCAUACGUGCUUCACACCAACGGCACACUGGAGAUCCACGUUGCCCAGCCUCUGCACAGCGGCAAAUACACCUGCAUCGCCAAAAACGACCUGGGCAGCCGGGAGAACCAUGUCCACCUGCAGGUCAAAGAGCCCACGCGUAUUCUGAUGCAGCCGGAGUACAAGGUGGUCCAGCGGAACAGGAAGGCUGUGUUUGAUUGUAAGGUGAAGCACGACCCGAGCCUCGUCCCCACCAUGAUCUGGCUCAAGGACGACGAAGACUUGCCUGAUGAUGACAGGUUUGUGAUUGGUGCAGACAGCCUGUCCAUCAGUGACGUGACGGUCGCAGACGAGGGCAGGUACACCUGCAUCAUGAACACCACCCUGGACCAGGACUCUGCCAGUGCUACGCUCACUGUAGUCGAGGCCGCGCCCAUCGUUGACGAGCAACCUGAUCCUCCUGCGGACCUGGAGCUCACUGACCAGCUGGCGAGGAGCGUUCAGCUCACCUGGAUCCCCGGAGAUGAACACAACAGCCAAACCCAGAAGUUCCUCAUUCAGUAUGAAGACUCCCGUCACGACAAAGGCGUCUGGGUCAACAUGACAGAGGUCCCCGGCACCAAGACCACAGCCCGACUGGACCUGUCCCCGUACGUGUGGUACUCUUUUAGGGUUCUGGCCCUGAAUGGUGUGGGCUUCAGUGAGCCCAGCGCACCAUCCGAGCAGUACAGGACCAGCCCAUCCAAGCCAGAUGACAACCCCUCAGAUGUCCAAGGCUUUGGAACAGAACCGAAUAAUCUAGUUAUAUCAUGGAAGAAACUAACCGAGCUUCAGGCCAAUGGUCCGGCCCUGACGAUUCUGGUGAGCUGGAAACAGAAGGACGUGGAACAGGAGUGGAACAACGACGCGGUGGACAACAACAUCACGGAGUACGUGGUGUCGGACACGCCCACCUUCGUGCCCUAUGACAUCAAGGUCCAGGCCACGAACCUCUUCGGAAACGCCCCUGAGCCCGAGCCAGUGGUGGGAUACUCCGGCGAAGACUUCCCCUCGGGAGCUCCAGCCAGUGUGAAGGUGGAGGCAGGAAAUGACACCAUCGCAGAGAUCAGCUGGGAGCCUGUUCCCAUGGCAACUGUCAAUGGAAGACUAAAAGGCUAUAAGGUGUACUACUGGAGGGAGAAGAGCCUGCUGAAGGAGGAGUCCCAGCCAGAGGAGGUCAAGGUGAUGAUCUUCAGCGGGAACAAGACGGAGGGCAAACUUCCUGGCCUGCACCCCUUCAGCCUCUACAACCUCCAGAUCAAGGUGUUCAACGGCAAGGGGGAAGGGCCACAAAGUGCCACCCAGACGUUUGAGACGCCCGAAGGAGUUCCUGGACGUCCGGCCUUCCUGACGAUCACCCCCAGUCUGGACUCUCUGAUUCUGGAGUGGGGUCCUCCAGAGGAGGAUAAUGGCCGCCUGACGGGCUACACGCUCCAGUACCAGCCUGUGAACAACACUAGCGAGCUUGGCCCGAUGGAGGAAAUGAACCUGGCCGCCAAUGAGACGAUGGUGACCCUGGCCAAGCUGAAAUACAGCACCCGGUACAAGGUCUACAUCAGCGCCAACACCAUCAAGGGCUCUGGCCCCACAAGGACAGAGGAGGCUGCCACCAUCAUAGAUGAAGUGUUAAUGCGUCCGCCCACAGUAGCAGUGGGUACAGGCCCCACUGAACCCCCCCACCCAACUUCUCCCCCCACCCAGUCUCCACCCCUUUCUCCGGUUUUCAAGGGCCUUCCCAUUGGCCAGCCGUUCAGACGAGUAAACUCAUCCGUGGAGGAAAACGGAGCGUUUAUAACUUGGGAAUACUCGGGUCCAGAUAAUGUUUACGUGGAAUAUAAUGUCGAAAACAGCAAGGACGCGUGGACUAAAGAGCCUGUUAACGGCACUCAAACGCAUCUGAUUAAGGGUCUAAAGGCAGGCAUGACAUAUAGGGUUCGCGUGGUGGCCAAAGACCACUCUGACCAAACGAUGCACAGCACAGACGAGCUGGUGAUUACAGUGCCAGCGAUGCCAAAUACACAGGUUGACAUCGCCACACAGGGCUGGUUCAUCGGGCUCAUGUGUGCCGUCGCCCUCCUCAUCCUCAUCCUCCUCAUCGUCUGCUUCAUCAAGAGAAAUAAAGGAGGAAAAUACCCUGUGAAAGAAAAAGAGGACCAGCACCAGGACCCAGAGGUCCAGCCCAUGAAGGAGGAUGAUGGCACCUUUGGAGAAUACAGUGACACGGAGGACCACAAGCCUCUGAAGGGCAGCCGGACUCCGUCCAAUGGAACGCUGAAAAAGGAAGACAGCGACGACAGCCUGGUGGACUACGGCGAGGGCGGCGACGGUCAGUUCAACGAGGACGGCUCCUUCAUCGGCCAGUACAGCGGCAAGAAGGAGAAGGACACGGCCGAGGGCAACGAGAGCUCCGAGGCGCCCUCACCCGUUAACGCUAUGAAUUCAUUCGUGUGAGAGCGCCAGGAAACGCCACCGGACUCUCUCUGGAGACCACGCGAAUACACACACACACACAGAAACAUAUAUAUAUAUAUACAUACAUACAUACAUAUAUAUAUGUGUAUAUAUAUAUAUGCUCAUUUAACAUGGCCGAGAUUGGAGAAUUGGAAAAUAUCUUCUCUCUCUUAUACACACACAGACACACACACACACACACACACACACACACACACACAAACACACACACACAAACGCAUACACCCCUUCAUCUUUGCCAGGCAGUCCCAUCACCCUUCUACGUCAUGAACUCUUUUGUGUGACACAUUUAGAGAGAGACAUGGCACCUCAUCUUUUUCAUACAUAGACACACACACAAACCCAUACUCACACACACGCACACACAUCUUCAUCUCUGCCAAGCUGUCGCAUCACACUGUGAACUCCCCCCCCCCCCCAUCACACACACAUCUCACAUGCCUAAGCUCACUUUGCCAAACGCAAACCAGUAAACAAACCCAUAGGCCACCCACAGUGAUGUGGAGAAAAGAGAGAGAACGAGAGAGGCAGGAUAACAAACUGUGAUGUCGAGCUGGAUGGACUAUCUGGCUGGGUAUGCUCAUCCCAGGGAUAUUUGUUUUAUCUUUUAACAAACAUAUAAAUAUAUAGAUGAGAAUAUAUAUGAGAUAUUAAUAUAUAUAUAUAUAUGUAUUUACAUAUAUAUAUAUAUAUAUAUAUAUGAGCUAUAUUUUCCACCCCAUGAACCAUUAGCAGUCGAAUAGCAUCAUGCUAACACAUUUCACCAUCCCAUAGCUUCUGAGGCAGUGUUUCCCCCACACACAGUUGAGCAUUCAGAGGUAGCAAUGUGUUUAAACGUGCUGAAACCUCCCUGCAGGUUUUGUACUUGACUGUCUCACGCCGCACAUCUGCAAAUACAGGUUAUGCUGUUCUGCGUUUCAUCAUUAACAACAACAACAACAGUAACCUAUUGAUACUAAAAAGUAUUAUAUUAUGUAUUAAUCAAAGGAAAAAGAAAAAUGACACAGAUGUCUUUGUGGACAUUGUUGUAAAAAAUGUGACUCGAUGUAAAAGCUAUGACGAAUAUUAAUAUUAUUAUGUCUUAUUUUGCAAGACAAA